AUGAAAAACUGGCGAAUUUUUUAUGCCAAUGAUUUUUUAAGUAUAAUGCAACCGUCCAUCUUGGUUUGUCGUCUUUACGGGUUGAUCCCAUACACCGUAGUAAACUUUCGAAUAAGAAAAUCAAGAGCAGCAUUUAUACAUUGCACAAUAGUUACAUUCAUUUAUAUAUGCAUAUCUUUGGUGAUUCUAUACUUCAUAAAUGCAUCAAUUUAUUCAAACAGGAUAUGUACGAGGAUGUUACAAGAUAAUUGUUUUUAUAUACUAGUGAAUUUUAUGUUGAUAUGUAACUAUACUUUUGGGACAUCUGUAAUGAAAAUAGUUAAUUAUUUGGCUACGACUACUACAAAACUUCCAUGUGAAAAAUUUACAAAAAUUUCAAAAUGGAUACAUACGAAAGAUUUCAUUGUUUAUACCUUGUUGAUAGUUCAUGUACCAAAAAUUUUGUCAGGAGAUGUGCCUCAAAUUAUUCGGAAAUUGGUUGGAUUUUAUAGUACAACAGCAAUUUAUAUGUUAGAUCUUCAAUAUAAUAAUUUUGUGUACAUUUUGGGUAUUUGCUUUGAACACAUUAAUGAAGAACUGAUCAAGUUAAAAAAUAACUUAAAAACAGAUCAAGCUCAUCUUUUAAGACGAGUUUAUCACAAUCGAAUGAAUCCUGUGUUAUUUUUAACGUUGCGGUAUUUAAAACAGUGGCAUUAUGAACUUAAUGAAAUUGUUAGGAAAGUGAAUUCUACUUUUAGUUUACAAAUCAUAGCCUCAGUAAUAAUUACUUUUACUGAAUUGACGUUUGGAUUAUAUUUUUAUAUUUUAGACAAACGGCACAAGAAAAUGAACAAUUUAGAAAUGGAAAAUUGGUUCUUUUAUUACUACACUGUUGUGAUUUAUUUUUCUUCAAAAUUACUUUUGCUUACCUUGACAUGUCAUAAUGCAAAUAAUGAAAAUUCAAAAACUCGUAAAAUCAUCAAUGAAAUUUUAAUAAAUACAGAUGACAAGCUCUUCAAAGAAGAAGUUCAUAUGUAUUCAUUGCAACUCUUACAUACUAAUAUUUAUAUUGCUAAAGGAAUACGCAUGGAUGCAUCUCUUUUAACAACGAUGUCAAAAGGAAUUUUCACGUAUUUGUUGAUUUUGAUACAAUUUUUAGUUACAAGCGAGUGAAUUGAAAUUUAUCGCACAU